CCAUAUAAGUAAGGACAUUUUCGAAACCCCUCGAAUUAGGGUUUUGUGGGGUUUAGCACACUGUCAAUGGCUGUCCGGUUUCUCAUUUCGCGAACUUCGACGGGGGAUUUCCCUCGGCGUUCGCUCUCUCCUUGCGUCUCUGGUUUACUCCGGAACUUCAUUUUCGGGGAAUCGGGUUGCGCCAAGCAUUUUCUUCGGAAUUCCAGAUGCUUUGCGACUGCACCAAGCUCGGGGCUCGAUCAGGAUGGUCGCGUCCCUGCCACCGUUAUCACAGGAUUUCUUGGUUCCGGUAAGACAACUCUCCUGAACCAUAUCUUGACAUCGAGUCAUGGAAAGCGGAUAGCAGUCAUAGAAAAUGAGUUUGGCGAGGUUGACAUUGACGGAUCUCUGGUUGCUAGUCACUCAUCUGCUUCUGAGGAUAUCAUCAUGGUGAAUAAUGGUUGCUUAUGCUGUACUGUACGCGGAGAUUUAGUCAAAAUGCUUCUUGAAUUGGUUAAGAGGAAAAGAGACAGAUUCGAUCAUAUUGUCAUAGAAACAACUGGUCUCGCGAAACCAGGUCCUGUUAUUGAAACAUUCUGUAGUGAUGAAUUGGUUUCAAGACAUGUAAAACUGGAUGGUGUUGUUACUCUUGUCGACUCCAAACAUGCGAUGCAGCAUCUUAAUGAAGUGAAACCAAGAUUUGUUGUCAACGAGGCAGUUGAACAAAUUGCAUAUGCAGACCGCAUAAUUUUGAACAAGAUUGAUUUGGUAACCGGACCUGAGAUGGAGAACUUAAUUGCGAGAAUUAGGCAUAUUAACUGUAUGGCACCAAUCAAACAAGCCAAAUUUGGAGAUGUUGAUGUGGACUUUGUUUUAGGGGUCGGAGGUUAUGAUCUUGACAGAAUUGAAUCAGAAGUCAAUUGGGAUGGCUCAAGUUGGGAGGAGGAUCAUGAACAUCAUCACCACGAAUGUGGUCAUGGAAAACACAAAGGACAUCAACAUGACCAUGUUCAUGACUCUGCCGUCACGAGUGUUAGCAUCGUCUCGGAAGGCACCCUUGAUCUUGAUGAGGUUGAUGAUUGGCUCGAAAGACUGAUAGAAGAAAAAGGCGAUGAUUUGUACAGAAUGAAAGGCGUGCUCUCCGUUAGUAACUCCGACAACAGAUACGUUUUCCAGGGUGUUCAUUCCAUAUUGGACGGUUGUCCUGCCAAAGAAUGGAGCCUCGACGAAAAGAGGAUCAACAAACUCGUAUUCAUAGGUAGGAAUUUAGAUGAGACAUCACUCAGGAAAGGCUUCAGAGGUUGUCUGACCCAGUAACAGAGCUAAACUCGUGUUCUCUGUGUUGUAACUUGUAACCGAAGCAACCUUAACCGGUCGAAUUGAAGUAAACCGGGUUCCCUAAUUCGGUUUUUGACUUA